AUGCCCGAAGACGGGGAUACUGGAAAGGAAAAAGAGGCGUUCGAAAAUGCCAAGGACGAAUGGGAAAAUGUGCAAACGCUUGAAGUCAAUGUCGCUCGCAAAAUCAAAGAUGCGGUUAUUUCGGAGGAUACUUCUCGUCAAUCCGGAACCACCUUGCUGACUUUUGAUGAACUGUGGCGUCACGUUGAAGGGUGUAAUCUGCAUGGAGUUCCUGAGGGCUGGCACACUGAGUCAAAUGUGCGCAAUGCAGCGGUAGGCGUCAGGAAAAUCUGUUUCCCCUGUGCGUGGAUGCGUAAGUUGUGGCCAACUCCUCCCCUGCGAGACGAUCUAGUAAAAGAAAAGGACCUGAUUUCGAAUCUUCGUCAAUUCGAAAAUGAGAAUGAGUUUCACGUACGGGCACUGAAAACCAUUUACAAGCGAUUGGUCGGUGGUCUUGUUGAUCCUCCUCGUUUUGGGUCGCAUUGGGAAGACAUCGGAUUUCAAGGAACUGAUCCAGCAACUGACUUGCGAGGCGUUGGAUUUUUAUCUCUAGUCAAUGCGGUUUAUCUAGUGGCCUCCGAGCCGAAGAUGCUGAAAUUAGCACAAGAUGUUCAUAGGCUAUCGAAUGACUCAAAACAAAAUUUCCCUUUCAUGGUGCUGUGUAUUAAUGUCACGCGGAUUGCUUUGAUAGCACUCAAAGAGGGGCUAGUCAAUCAAUUGUGCAACGAAAAGGGAUCUGUGAUCGGCGUAGUCAACGAAUUGUAUGCGUCUGUUCUUUUCCACAUCUACUGGCGAUGGAAAACGGAAGGAAGGACUAUAGCUGAUUCCUCGCCAAUCCUUCAAGGUGUAAGGCUGAAACGUAUUGCAAAGGAAGACCUGGAGCCGUGAUAAAGCGCUUACGGAAUUAUUUGUCUCAAGGGAAGUGAUCAGUAAUCAACUAAACCGGUGACUAAAGUAAAAAUUGUGUUUGCUACUGAGCUCUGAAGCGCAUUUCAUCUUAAAGCGAAAGUAGCUGAUCUCAGAAACCAGUGCUAUCCAAUAUUAAGUUCGAAACGAUGCGAUUAUGAACUGCUUAAAUGUUUGAAGCUGUGUGCGACGGUUGUUGUGACUCAAAAUCUGACUGACUCGCGAUGCACAUCAUUGUAAUGUCUGCAGCGAAAUGAUGCAAGAUAAAACGAUUUUAAAAUUGGAAUACA